AUGAACGGCACUCUCCGCUCCAAGGAGCACCACAACUUCUUCCGGCGCGCACUGACGGACGAGUACGACUGCCUGCUCUGCCUGAAGCACUGUUUGCGCUGCGAGGAGACGGCCGCCAAGCUGGUCGGCUACUCACAUGGCCUCUACACGGUGGCCGUCUGCAUCAUGAGCAACUUCAGCAAGUCGCGCACGCUGGCGCUGGAGGUGAUGGAAGCCGCCUCCACACUGCGACUCCGCUUCGGUGAGCCAGUGCGCUUCAAGUUCCUGGUCGGCAUGCUGACCUCGUUCGGCGCGCCCAGUUUCCAGCUUGCGUGCCUUCGCUUCCUGAACCGUCUGACCGAGCUGGCAGCCAGCAAGAAGGAGCGGGUCCACCUGCAGGCCGAGAUCGAGGAGGCCGGCUUCGAUGUCAGCAUCAUCAGGAAGUUCCUGUCAUCCACCAACGAGAGUGCGGCGCUUCGGGAUGAGCUUGACAGAUGGCAGCAGCAGUACCUGGACGUGGAGGAGCUGUACGCGCAGCUGCUGGCGGAGCGGGCACACUCUGCCCGGCUCCGUGUCGAGAAGGACGCCCUCCACCAGGAGGUCAAGGUCAGACCCGCAGAGAAGCGGAACAGCCGGUCAUCGGACACGCGCUUGAAUCGCGUGAAGGGUCUCGUGAUCCCGAGCGAUGGCAGCGAGCCGACCGUGGCGAAGGAUGUCAAGCGGGAGGAGAAGAAGGCAAGCAGCGAGGACGGCAGCAGGGGCGGCCGGACUCAGGGCCGCCUCUCGCCGUCCGACUUCGAGAAGGAGAAAGUCUGCGAGGAGACGAUCGAAGUGAAGAACGACAUGAUCCUGUUCGAGCCAGGCGAGCCGCGCGCCGGCGGCUCCCCAUAUCCCACGGCGCUGUCGGACCACUGCCUGUACCAGAACAUGCCGACGGCGGCGGCGCCGUGCGGUCGGCGUAGCUGCGCCUCCGACGACAUCCGCGAGGCCAUGGACCAGCUGACCAGCGUCAUCGACAACGCCGAGUCCUCGCUCAGCCUCAUCUCGGCCUGA